AGACAAAGUUAGGUUCUCUUUCCCGUUGUUCAGGGCCUAGUCUCGGGCCAUCAUGCCCAGCAAGAGGGACUUGAUUAACUCCUAGAAUCACUCCAUUUUCAUCAAUGAUACAAACAGUCUACCCAUGUGACUUUGUAAGCUUGAAAUUAGGAAGAGAAUGUGAGGGGGGAUGAAGAGUAAAAAAUGGGGCUUUGAGAGUGAACUUAAGACUUGUGAUAAACAUCAAGAUUACGAAAACCAAUAAAGGCCAGCUUCUUGAUAUAUAGAAUUGCUGAUCUAAUACUGUCCUUUAUCUUCAACCAAGAACAAAUAGUACAAUAAUUAGCAUUAAAAAUUUAAAAUUCUGUCAGAAGAAUUAAUUUUUCAGUGACAGUAUCCUUUAUAAAUAGCCUAUUUCUGAACUUUGGAUUAGCAACUUUCAUAAACACCAUAAAUAGUAAGCAUUUUUCAGAGAGAUAGCUUGUCUUCUUCUAAAUUUAAAAAACCUAAAAUGGACUCAUCCAAACCAUCCAACAGAAUAAGUGACAUUGUGAGGCUCAAGCAGAAGCUUAAGAAAUGGAGGAUACAAGCACACGAGGCUAAGGUCAAUGGUGGCAACACCGACGACAAUGAUGGUAGCAGCAAUAACAGCAACAUUUCUAGAAAGGGUUCCUUGAAUAGGAGCAAUAGCAAAGGCAAUACCUUUAUGAAGAGAACGCUCUCUUUCACCGACUUAACAGCCAACAACGGGAUGUCAAGCAAAGGCUUCCUGCCCCUUGAUGAUGCUAAGGCCAAUAUCAGCAACUCCGGCAACAACAGCAGCAGCAGCAGCAGCAGUACUAAAAAGGGUUCAUUGAGUAGGAGCAACAGCAUCAAAGGCAUCAAUUUUUUGAAGAGGACUCUCUCUUUCACCGACCUCUCAGCCAACAAUGGGGUGCCAAGCAACAAUGCUGUGCCCAAAGGUUUCUUGGCUGUUCAAGUCGGUGAAGAGAUGAAGCGCUUUGUCAUCCCGACAAAGUACUUGAGUCACCAAGCAUUUAGCGUCCUGCUGAAAGAAGCUGAGGAGGAGUUUGGUUACCAGAAGGAAGGUGUUCUGAAGAUUCCCUGUGAAGUAGAAGUGUUCGAGAACAUCUUGAAAGCGGUCGAGGAAAAAAACAGCUCACAGGCUAAACAAAGUCUGAAGUUCAGCAGAAAUGAUGGGAUUGUAUGUGGUUCAUCAGAUAGUCAGAGCCUCUCUCAAUCUAAACAUCCCCCAACCCCAAUGUGCAGAUAAUAUAUAUCAAUCUAAUUCCUUUCUCCCUUCUUUUUUUUAUACCUCAUUAGGAGCGGAAGAAAGUUGAUAUAUAGAAAAUGUGAGAGAAAGCAUGCUGACUAAUAGCAUCAUGUCCAAAGCUCAUGUAAUUUGACGAGUUUAAAAACCAUUGUAAUAUGACUUCCGAGUUAUCAGUUAUUGUAACCGAAGUCACCAUAUCUUAUACGUUUGUUAUUCUCCAGAGUCCAUAUUACCUUUGUAUUCUUGUUUUGCUCCAGAAAUGCAAUUGAAUAUGAAAUGUUUGGAAAUAUUUUCUCCCCUGUAUAAA